GCCAGUCUGUUGAUAUGGUGCCGUAAUGUGGUGUUUCGAUCGUUUCAGUUAGUUUUUGGUCAUUGGUCCUCUUGUAUCGGACACGUGUUGAAUUUUUGUGAGGUUUCGAACUUGGGUCACUCAUCUCAGAGCAUAUCCGUAUCGUAGAGAGGACGUCAAAACACAAUAAGCAGGUACGCUUUGGGUUCUGUCUAGUCCGUCCUCGAGCUGCCGAAUACCGAAGCUACAUAAGUAGCCACCAAAAUGAUGCCCAGAAAGAAAGUGAAGGACGAGCCACCGGUUGACAUCGAGAGCUUGCCAGCGCAUAAGAGGCACAAGAAACGCAAGCACAAAAAACACAAGCGCAAACGAGACGCGGACCAGCCAGAUGACAAUCCCGGCAGUCCGCAAAGCGAAGGCAGCAAGCCAUCACUCAAACUCAAAAUUCGAAUCGGCGGGCAGACCGUGGAGAAGAACGUUUCCAAGAUGAGCGAGGCGUUGGAUGAAGACAACGCGAACAAAUCGAACGACGACUCCAGUCAAGAAAGUGGCGACGAGGAAGAGGAAGCCUGGUUAGAAGCCCUCGAGUCCGGUCGCCUGGAUGAGGUCGACGAUGAGCUUCGGAAAAUGAAAGACCCGACGCUGAUGACAGCACGGCAGAGAGCUCUCCUCGAGAGUAAGGCCCAGACGAAAGAGCGCGAAGAGGUACCAGUAGCCGCUCAGCCACCACAAAUGUCGGAAGAAAUGCUUCAGCGACGGAUGCAGCGGGCCAAGAAGCGUAAGCAACAAGCCGAAGAGAAAAAAGAGAAGGAUAAGAAGCAAACUAUCGAGCGUCUGCUCAAGAAAUCGGACUCCCGCCUAAGGGGUCGAAAAAUGACCCGCAAGUCUGACACACCCAGAGUAUCCCUCUUGCAAAGGACAUCGGGUACACUGAUGUCGUUUCCAGUUGGUGUGUCCUUUCCUCUGACGUCACGGACUGCUCCGGAGUACCCCGCCAAGAAAAUGUGCGGCAUCAAGGGUUGCCCAAACCCGCGCAGGUACAGCUGUUCCAAGACUGGUCUACCUCUCUGCAGCCUUGAAUGCUACAAGACUAAUAUGCUCCAAAUGUGCGUGUAACUUGUGAGAACUGUGUUUACGUGACGAUGUCAAAACAGUGAUAAAUCUCACCUGUGUUCAAUAAGUACGAGUAAUCUAACCAUACAUUCUGUCAGUGCAUGCAGAUUUGAAUGCACUGUGUUGUGAUGCCCUCACUGUAACAGUUCCUACACUCCUUACCUAUGAUAGGUUGAUAACCGUUCAGAUACCCACACGUCAAGUAUGAAAGAUGGUGGACGAGGCAUCAGUCUCACAGCAUUUUAGUCAACAGUGUUACUGAUUAUCAGUGUGUGGCUUCAUCACCGUAUAGGUUGAGUGAACUGUAGCUCCCAUCCCAAACAGUGACAGAAAAAUCUAGAUAGACAGAUGAAGAUGCAGCAAAAUCUGAAGAGCUAUAAAAGUAUUUAUUGUGAUACACGUUUCAUGUGGUCAUACAGCUCAGCUCUCCAUUUGCCGACUCAUGCUCAGCUCAUUCGCCACAUUGAGCAAAAGCGCGCACGCUCGUGAGUGAGUUUUGCCGAGACGUGCUAACGAACAGAGAUGGGGAAGUUACAUCGUAGGUUCCCCAUCUCUGCUCGUUAUUAGUUAAGUUACUGUGCAAAGAAAUUUAACUGAGUUACUGCUAAUGAAAAGCUAAGCUACUUUGGAAAAGUAACGAGUUACUUUCAAGUUACUUGUUACAUAAUAUGCAGUUUUUAGUUCUUGACUUCUAUUUAAUUUUCACAAUGGUGGGUGCAAGACACUUUAUAAUAAUUUUGAUCUACAAAUAAGUAUUUGAGAUGAUGAAAGAAUCCUACCUUUAUGUGCUUCCUUAGGGAGGCAUUUGAGGAUUUUGAUCUCGUAAUAAGGUUCUUGCAUAAUAAAUAAGCAGGCAUUGAGA